AUGAUGGAAUAAUGUAAUGGAUAUACUAUCAAGAUUCUGGAGAAUGUAAGAGUUAAUUGCCCAUUUAACUAUCAAACAGUAAAGUAUUCAUGCAUUGCAUGUAGCAAUCCUAAUAUGAUAAAAUGUGAUGAUCCAUCAAGUACAACAUACCUUUGUGAUUGGGGAGAAGAUAAUAAAACCUCAGACUGCAAAAAAUAUGAUUUAAAUAAAUUAGUUGAUAAAGCUUUUGAUAGUUAUGGUAAUGUUGUUAAUCAACCUUGCAAUAAUAAAAAUUCUAAUUAACUUUGCUAAGUAUAUUUAAGUUCUAGUUCUAAACAAUACCUAGUUUUGGACUCUUGUUAACCUAAUUAAUUUGUUUAGAAAGUUGUAAUAGGUUCUGUUUAAAUGAGUGUUUGCAAAGACUUUGCAACAUGCUUGGAGUAAAUUCCUUCAUAGGUUGAUGGAGUAACUUAGCCAAUAUGUUCUAAAUGCUCACCAUACUUUUAUAAUAUGUUUGGAAGCUGCAUAGACGCCUGUCCUAGUUUUACUUAUUAAAAUAAAAAUUCUAUGACUUGUGAAACUCCUAUUUAAUAUUGCUCCACUUAUGUGGCUAAUACGUCCAAACCGUAAUGCAGCGCAUGCUUAGGCGGAUAUGUCUUAAAUAAAAGUACUCCUUCUGACACAUGCAUACCUUACUCAAGUUGCACAAACGGUUACUAUUUUGAUGUUACAUUUAAUAAAUAUUAUUGUAGUUAAUGCCCAGCUAAUUGUGACGAAUGCUUAUAAAAUUUAAAAUGUAUAAAACCUUCUGCAGGACUCAAGGUAAUUGUUAGAUUUGUGAUACUUCUUGUGCCUAAUGUUAUCAAUUUGCAACUUAAUGCCUGCUUUGCUCAGAUCCAACAAUGA